AUGCCGUCAUGCUGCUGCAACCAUGUCACCGACAACCUGACCGUCCUUCUCUCCAAGUACACAGAGACGCAGAACGGUAUAUUACAAGGUCUCCUUUACGUUCCUGACCUUGACCCUGAUGACCCCUGCUACGUCUCGGAGAGCGAUUAUGUCCCCGACUCCGUUGUCCGCCAAAGCAACCUUCCUUCCACCAACUUCAAUCUCAUCGCCCUCGCACCCUGGUACAGCGUCAACUGUACCCAGUCCUAUCUUGCAUCUGCACGCUACGACCCCCUGCGUGCCUUUCUCUUUUACCUACCCACCAAUGAUACGUCAAAACCGCCUGACGAGGACUCGGACGUCUGGGAUCUGCAAGACGAUGGAGAAUGGCGGCUCGAGAACCAUUACCCAAUCUUUGCAGUCUCUGGCGCCCUUGGCCAGGAGAUGAUGUACCAACUUAGCCUUUACUCAGGCAAUCUCACGGAUAUUCCCUUUGGUGAAAAUAUUAGCGAGAUCUACAACCCUGACCCCGACGACUAUGUCCGCAUAUGGACCGAGCUCACCGUCAGCACACCGACCGGCCUGCCCAAUGUCUGGGUCUUCAUCCUGGCUGUCAUCGGCGUGCUGCUCGCCGUCAUCACCCUCAUCUCUCUCUUCAUGCACUUUCUGUGGCGGCGAAGACGUGCAUCGCUUCAACGGCGCGUGGCAGUGGGCGAAAUCAACCUCGAGGCGAUGGGCAUCAAGCGCCUGACGGUCCCACCGAGCCACAUACAGAAAUUCCCACUCUUCACAUACAACUACGAUCCACCGCCACCGCAGAGCCCGCCUGUCUCGCCUACCGCCGAAACCAGCCUCGACGCUGCCUUGGAUAGCGAGGCUAUCACUAGCUCCAACUCCGCAUCGGACGCUCGAAGUCAAUCGGCGUCUGACUACAGCGCACCCGCCGUGCCGGCGGCGACGGCCGUACCAGCGUCUCCGGUGGCUGAAACGAUUUCUGAAGCCCCAAUUGUUGGCGACUUGGAGUACCAGCCGAAGUGCCAGAUUUGCCUGGAGCCGCACCAGAAUCGCGUGACCAUUAUUCGCGAACUGUCCUGUGGCCACAUCUUCCAUCCCGAGUGCAUCGACGAGUUUUUGGCCCAUGUCAGCUCGCUGUGCCCGCUGUGCAAGGCGAGCAUGCUGCCGCGCGGGUACAGCCCACGCAUCACCAAUGCCAUGGUACGCCGUGAGCGGGCCAUUCGUCGACUGCGCGAGCGGGUCGUCGUGGAUGAUGUGAACAGUCCUGGAGAUCGCAGCCGCAUCCAUAGCUGGAGCUCGUCGAUCAUGAAACACCUGCACAUCACGACGGACCGGCUGUCCAUGUCGCCCAGUCUUGGCACGAUCACGGCCGACCGCGAGUCGGCCAUCGAGCUCAAGAACCAGUCGAUUCUGCGCGCGCAUUCGAUCCAUCAGUUGCCGGCGAUGAAUACGUCGGAGGCUACACGGCGGCGGAUGGCACGAUUGGCUGGGAUCCAGCUGCGUGACCUGGAGCCCCAAAAGGACGAGACGUCUGGUAAUUAUCACGGCAUACGGCGGACGACAUAG